GUGCAUUUCCAACUGCGUAUGCAGUGAGGCUCUGCUCGGAUCGCUCUGCUCGCAUCGCCUCCUGCUGCUCCUCCUCCUCCUCCUCUCUUCCGCUCGUGAUCGUGUGCUACAUCGCAGUCAGAUACUGUCCGAGAGCCUUGAAGUUGCUCAUUGCGUCCUCCUAUCCUUGAGCUCCGUCAUAGCUUCACGAACAUUCGGUUUCAUUCUCGCGCGUAAAGGGAGAUCCGAUCGCUCUCGGUGUCAAUUCUCCUCGGGAAUCUUCGAAGCUUGUUUGCUUCAUCAUCAGAUAAACGGAUCACGAAAGUCAAUCACUGUUGGCCCUCUUCGUCGGGCCCGAUACGGUGAGGGAACCGAAUUGUAGUUGAGUCAUCGUGUGGGUGUGAGGAUAUAGGUGCCUGUCAAGCUCAUGCUUUCUGGGUCAUGAAGCUAUGUCCGAACCGCUAACAGCAUUGGAGAAGGAAGUGGCACAGAUCUUGCACACGAAACUAGAGGUUGCUGGUGACUCAGCAUCCUCGGCAGGAGUUGGCACAGAGGAAGAGGCUCUGCCUGAUCCACAGGCGCUGCCUCAGGAUGGAGAUAAGUUGACGGACAUGAAGAAAUGCGAGAGAGCUCUCAAGAAUCGCUUAGCGGCGAAGCGCUCGAGGGAUCAAGCGCGAGCUUAUGUUCAGAGGUUGGAGUCCAACGUGUCGGACCUCCUCUCCCAGAACGAGUCCCUGUCUCAGUUGCUGGCACUCUCCGACUCGAGAAAUGCUCUGCUCCUCGCGGAAAACAAGAAUCUGCGACGAGACAUUUGCCAGCUGCGGAAAGAGCUGGAGGACAACAAUGGGGACUCGA